UGCGUAAAUUUAUACGAGGCUAUCUGAAAAUUCUAACGAUGCCGAACAGGGAAGUUUGUUUACAAUUUUUUAUGAGUUCAACUCAACCACACUGAGAAAAGCCACCGUAACUGCUAAAUAAUUUGUUCCAUAUAUGUCACGAUUCAAGGAAACAGGUUAAUUCAAGGAUACAGGUUAAAGAUUAAAUCCAUAUAGAACACGAAUUAUGUCAUCUGGAGUUCCCCCAAAAGAACUGAAGAGUAAUAUAAGUUUAAAAGAUCCUGCCUCUGGAAAAUUAAAUACCAAUCCCGAAGUGCUGAUUAGGCAUUAUUUUAAACAGUUAACAGUAGGGUGUGGACAAACAAAUUGUACGAAUCUGCAAUGUGUUUCUGGUGGAAGGGUCCCACUAUGCAAUGAUGAUGCAGCUGCUAUGGCAUUACGCUUAUUGAUAGACAAAGCAGACAUAUGCAGCGAGCAAAUAGAGUUGAGAGCCAUGUCUCAGGCAACUGUGGAAACUGCAGUUUUAAGUCCAGAUCCAAUUCUUACUCAAUCAUACGUGCAGCAAUUGAUUAUCUCUUGCCAAAAGGAAUACAAAGAUUAUAAACCAUUAAUACGCAUACUUGGGAAAGUGUUUUCGUCACCUGAGUUAUUGAACAAAAGCUUUCCUCUAACAAAUAAAAAUGUUGACGAAAGCGAUCCAUCCUUUGAAAUAUCAGUAAAUCAUGCAGAAGUAAUACAGUUUUAUAAUAUGCUUUUUAGCUUACAUGAGGAUAGUGUAGAAAAUUCUAUAAUAAAUGGAAUUAAUGCUUUAGGCAAUAGCAUUGAAAUUGAGCUGAAAUCAAGUCAUAAGCUUCUUGGAAAGUCUGAUUUAAACCAAUUUGUUAUAGUCCUUUUAAACCCUAAUUUACACAGUCCAGAAUAUUUGGAAAGUGCACUGCCGAAUAUAUUACGUGCACUGACUGCACUACCUCUCGACUUGCGAUGUACUUUAGUUCGAUAUUGGUCAAAAUUUUCUUCAGAAGAUCUUCAAAAGCUUUUGGAUGUCUUUCAGCAAAUGGUUACUGUUCGUAUAUUAACUGGACCACACGCAACAACAUCACUUCCUGUGAAUGAUGACCAUCCUAUUACAAACUCUGUAAAAUGCAUGAAGUUGAUAUAUUAUGCAAGUAUUUUGGGUGGAGAAGUUGAAGAAAUCAAAAAUCUUGAACUUCCAAUAAAUGAUGAGGAAGACUCAAAUGAGAAUUCUCGUGAUAGAAAUCUACUGGCUGUAGCAAUGAGUGACGAUAAUGAUUUUAAAGAUGAACUUGUUGACAUGCUUGGUAUAAAUGUUAUGGAAUUUCGUCAACCUAAGAUACCUUAUAAUGAUUUUGUUAAUGACUGUUUAAACGAUGCAAUAGAAAUGGAUCGAGAUUUUAUGUACUUUAAAGAUGGUGGAAUAAGAUUUUCAUUCCUUAAUUAUCCAUUUGUUUUGAGUACAACUACGAAAAGCCUUGGCUUAUUUUAUGACAACCGUGUUAGAAUGUAUAGUGAAAGGAGAAUGACUAUUUUAUAUGGAUUAAUGCAGGGACAUAUCCCUUCACCUUAUUUAAAACUGCGGGUACGCAGAGAUCACUUGAUCCAAGAUUCGCUCGUUCGUCUGGAAAUGGUUGCACAAGACCAACCAGAUGACUUUAAAAAGCAAUUAUUUGUUGAAUUUGAAGGAGAACAGGGAAUAGACGAAGGUGGAGUGAGUAAAGAGUUUUUUCAACUGGUGAUUGAAGAAUUAUUUAAUCCUGAUUUUGGCAUGUUUGAAUUCAAUAAGGAAACAAAUCUAUGCUGGUUUAAUCCAUCAUCAUUCGAAACUGAAAAUCAAUUCACAUUAAUUGGUUUAUUGUUUGGUAUUGCAAUUUAUAACAAUGUAAUUCUCAAUGUCAACUUUCCACCUGUGUUGUACCGCAAAUUGUAUGGAAUAAAAGGAAAGUUUGAAGAUUUGCAAGAAUCACAUCCAGUGAUCUUUAAAAGUCUGAAGGAGAUAUUGACAUAUAAUGGAGAUGUUACCGAAGAUAUAAUGACAACAUUUGAGAUAAGCUAUGAAGUUUUUGGAUCAACUUGUAAAUAUGAACUUGUGAAAGAUGGAAAGAAUGUUAAAGUGACAAAUAAUAAUCGAAAGGAAUUUGUCGCUCGAUAUGCAGAUUUUUUAUUGAAUGCAUCUGUUAGGAAACAGUUUGAAGCCUUCAAAAAAGGUUUUGUUAUUGUUACAAGUGAUUCGAUUUUAAAGAACUUGUUUCGUGCUGAUGAAUUGGAGUUGUUAGUAUGUGGUAGUCAGGUAUUUGAUAUAAACGAGCUUCAAAAUGCAACUGAAUAUGAUGGAGGUUAUACUAAAGACUCACCAGUCAUAAGAUAUUUUUGGGAAGUCGUCCAUGAGAUGAGUCAUGAUGAGCUCAAACAAUUGUUAAACUUCACGACUGGAAGUGACCGUGUUCCUAUUGGUGGGUUGGCGAAAUUAAAGUUGAUCAUUGCAAAAAAUGGAGAAGAUUCAGACAGACUUCCAACCGCACAUACAUGCUUCAAUGUUUUACUACUGCCGGAAUAUAACAGCGUUGAAAAACUUCGCGAUCGGCUGCUCAAAGCUGUUUCGAAUGCAAAAGGUUUUGGACUCAUGUAAAUAAUUACGGGAAGAAACACUAUAAAAACGCGGGAAAGUCGACAAACUCGCGAUAAAAACGAGGAUCGUGGCAAUACACUAUCAGAAGAUUAGCGGGUUAAAUAAUUUGUUUUAUGUUCUAAAUCAUAUGUAACUUUAUAUCUUAGAAUAAUUUCAGUUUCCAUAAA